AUGAGUAGCUUAUUUGUUCAUGAUUCAGAAGAUGAAGAAUUACAAUUAGAACUAUCUAGACAAUUAGAGGAGUCAAAUAAUUCUGAACAAAUUGCAGAGUCGUUUGAAAAGGAUAAAAUACAAGGGAGUGGAAUCUUAAAAGAAACUAAAAAGUCAUCAACCUUGACCAAUCUUCAUGAAGAACUUGAUUCAAGAGUCAUUGUAGACCAACCAUUAUAUCCACUCAUACCAAAUGCUCCCUUACAAGAUGUUAGUUUAAAACCAAAUAUCGAUGACAUUAGGCCAGUCAAUCUUAUUUUAAAUUUGCCUUUAGAUUUCCAGCAAAAAAUUGUGGAGAAUGUUUUAAUAUCAGAUAACCCAUUGUUAAUCAUUGGGAAGGGAUUAGGUAUCAACGCCAUUGUAGCUAACUUACUUCAUGUUUUAUCAACGCCGACAGUCAUUAAUAAGCAACGAAAAAGAUCAUUAGUUUUAGUGUUAAAUGCUAGUAUUGAUGACAAUCGUAUCAUUUCCGAACAAUUACAAGAAUUGAACUGGCUAGCUGAAAGUAAUUAUGAGUCAACAAAUAAACUCAGUAACUUAGCUGAAAUUAUAGAUAAUGAAAGGCCGUUUAAUGUAGUAACGGCCGACUCGUUGAGUGUAGAGAAAAGACGUCAACUAUACUUAUCAGGGGGGGUUGUUAGUGUAACAUCAAGAAUUUUGAUAGUAGAUUUACUGUCCGGUAUUGUACAUCCAGAUAAUAUCACAGGUAUGAUUGUCUUAAAUUCAGAAACUUUAAAAGAAUAUUCAAAUGAAUCCUUUAUUUUGGAGAUUUAUAGAUCUAAAAAUAAAUGGGGAUUUAUUAAAGCAUUUUCAGAAUCCGCAGAAGCAUUUACCAUGGAAUUUUCUCCAUUAAUGAAAAAGAUGAAAGAUUUACGUUUAAAAAAUGUUUUAUUAUGGCCUAGAUUUAGAGUUGAAAUUUCAUCUGCCCUUAAUAUAGUUAAAGAAAAAGAAAUAAGUAAAGUUAUUGAAGUAAGAAUUUCACCAACAAAUUCAAUGAAUCAAAUACAAUUUGGAUUAGUAGAAUGCUUGAAGAAAUGUAUUGCUGAACUGAAUAGAAAAAAUCCUGAAUUGGCUCGUGAUUGGUGGACUCCAGAACAUAUGUUAGAAAACAGUUUUUUAAAAUCAAUUGACUCUGUAAUGAUGCCUAACUGGCAUCGAAUCUCCUAUGAAUCAAAACAAUUAAUCAAAGAUAUAAGAUUUCUAAUAAACUUAACUAAGGCUUUAUUAACAACUGAUGCGGUAGAUUUUUAUGAGGAAAUCCAACUCAGUCUAGAUGCAAAUAAACCAUCAGUUUCUAGAAAAUAUACUGAGUCACCUUGGUUAAUGGCUGAUGAGUCACAAUUAGUAAUAUCAUAUGCAAAAAAGAGGAUAUUUAACAAAAGUGAAUACCUUUUGGAAGAACUUCCUAAAUGGGAGCAAUUGAAGGAUAUAUUAGAAGAUAUUGAAUAUAAUAAAUUGCAUCGUAAUAUUCAAGGGCCAACACUUAUAAUGUGUUCAAAUAAUUACAUAUCAUCUCAAUUAUCAAGAUUAUUGAGCUACUCUCAUAAAAAAAAUGGUAUUAGGAAAAUGAUGAUGCGUAAGUUACAAGUUUACAAGCAAAGAAGAGAAGAAAGAUUAAAUAUGGUGAAAGAAUUGAAAAAUAAGGAGAUACAAUCUACUCAACUAAAUGUCAGUACAACAUUUGCAAAAGAAAAAAUUGUAACAAAGCGUAGAAGAACAAGAGGGGCAGCCGCCGUAGCAGCUGUUGAACGCCUGCGAAGUGCAGGGAUUGGCGAAAGCAUUGAUGAAAUCAUUGAUGAUUUCGAUUAUGAAAGGGAAACUGUAUAUGAACAGGAUGAUAAUAUCCUGUUCAUAUCCGAAGAAAAUGAUGACGAACUAUAUUUCCUCGAUGAGGAUGAGGUAUCUCGAACAAAGGCUACAAAUAUUACCAAAGAAAUUUGGGAAGAACGUGUUUCUGAAUUUGAAUAUAUUCCAACGUCAGAUGAAGUAAUAAUUGAAAAAUUUGCGAACAUUAAUGAUGUUUCGUUUUUACAGGAAAUAAUGCCUUCCUUUAUUAUUAUGUAUGAACCUGAUUUAACCUUCAUAAGAAAGGCAGAGUUGUACAAAAAAAUCAAUCAACACAAUUCUCCUCAAAUAUAUUUCAUGUAUUACGGUGAUAGCAUAGAAGAACAAAACUACCUAACUUCAAUUAAAAGAGAAAAGGACGCUUUUUCGAAGUUGAUUAGAGAAAAUGCAAUGCUUGCACAUCAUUUCGAAGCUGAUGAAGAUCUAUCUCACUUUAAAAAUUUGGCAGAGCGUAAAUUAAAAUUAAACAGGUUAAGGAGAUCAAAUACUAGAGUUGCAGGAGGUCAAGCUGGUUUACAGGAUUACACCCAGGAUAUUGUCAUUGUAGACUCCCGUGAAUUCAAUGCUUCUUUGCCAGGUUUACUGUUUAGAUUUGGUGUUCGAGUAAUUCCAUGUAUGCUUACGGUUGGUGAUUACAUUAUCAGUCCUGAUAUUUGUAUAGAGAGAAAAUCUAUUUCAGAUCUUAUUGGGUCCUUACAGAAUAAUAGAUUAAUAUCACAAUGUAAAAAAAUGUCAAAACAUUACAAAUAUCCUACACUUCUCAUUGAGUUCGACACAAAUCAAUCUUUUUCAUUGGAACCAUUUAGUGAAAGAAGAAAUUAUAGGAACAAUCAAUUAUCUACAACUCAUCCCAUCUCUUCAAAGUUAUCACAAGAUGAGAUUCAGAUGAAGAUCUCAAAGUUAGUAAUUAAAUUUCCUAACUUAAAAAUUAUUUGGUCAUCUUCCCCUCUUCAAACUGUCAAUAUCUUACUUGAAUUGAAGCUAGGUAGAGAACAGCCUGAUCCCAACCUAUCCAUGGAUAUUGGGACAAGAACUAAAUCAUCCAGCAAAGAUCAAUCAAAAUCAUCGAAAGAAAAUGAUCUUACAAGGUUAUUACAGAUUCCAGGUAUUUCUGAUAUUGAUUAUUUUAAUAUAAAAAAGAAGGUUAAAACAUUUGCAAAAUUAAAGAAAUUAUCGGAGGCACAACUAGCUGAAAUGCUGGGUGACGUAAAUCUAGCAGAGAAGAUUAACACUUUCUUGGUUAUGGAGAAUGAAGAGUUUGCUAAGGAUGGAGAUCUGAAUCUAUUUAACAGUAUAUAA